AUGUAAACUCAGUAAGUGAUGAGUUUGCGAAAACUUUUUCCUCAUCCCCGUUUUCGCUCAUCUAAGUGAAAAUCCUAGCUCCGCCCAAACAGCUAAAAUAAUGCACUGUUCCAAAACUCUGCUAUAUUUUCUCUCCAUAAUCUGGUUUCUAAUUCCCGAAACAAAAGCACUAAACUUCAACCUGACCAACAUAGGCCCUGAAAAUCAAAACGUCGACAUAACAGUAUUCUUAGCUGCCUACAUAUCAUACCAAGGCCUCCAAGUCACGUCCGAUGUCAAAAAUUCGCAGCAAUCAGCUGGUAAAGCCACUUACAUCCACCCCCUUCACCUUUGGGAUAAUUCCACUGGAAAUCUAACAGAUUUCUAUACCCAUUUCGUUUUUGUCGUUGACUCGGACGGGCAAACUGAUUUCGCCGAUGGAAUUACCUUCUUUCUUGCACCAAAUGGGUCGAAUUCCUGGGGUGGUGAAGCAAUAGGCCUACCAGUUGAUGGAGGAAACCUUACUAGCCCUUUCGUUGCAGUGGAGUUUGAUACGUUUCAGAAUUCUGGUGUGGACCCAGUCGAUAUCAAUCCUGUUACUCAUGUAGGUAUCGAUGUCAAUUCUAUUAUAUCAAAUGUUACUGCUAUUUGGUACUGUAAUGUAACUAAUGGGACUGAGAAUGAGGCUUGGAUAAGGUAUGAUUCAAGUUCAUUCAAUUUAAGCGUAGUUUUUACUAGUUCUACAAAUACUACCAGAGUGCAAGAUACCAUUAAUUUAAUUAUUGAUCUGAGGGAUUACUUACCUGAAUGGGUGACAUUUGGGUUCUCAGCUGCCACAGGAAAACAUUUUGAGAAAAACACUGUAAAAUCAUGGGAAUUCAGUUCAAGUUUGGGAAUUGAUGAGACCAAUAAAAAUGUCACAGAUCCAGUCAAACCGGGUUCGAAUAAAAUCUCCCUUGGAGCUGUGGUGGGAUUGGUUGUCGGCUCGGGUGUUUUGGUUGGUGGGUUUGUUUUGGUUGGAUUUGGCUUGUGGAAGAGAAGUAGAGCAAAAGAAGAGGAUGAGUUCGAAGUUGAGAUGUCCAUGGAAAACGAAUUCGAGUCCGGUGCUGGGCCGAAAAAAUUUUCCUACGGUCAAUUAUCUCAAGCGACAAAUAACUUUGAGGAGAAACAGAAGCUUGGAGAGGGAGGGUUCGGCGGAGUUUAUAGAGGUUUCUUAGGGGAAUUGAAUUCUUAUAUUGCUGUCAAGAAGAUAUCGAAGGGGUCGAAACAAGGGAUAAAGGAGUACGCAACAGAAGUGAAGAUCAUUAGCCGGUUGAGGCACAAGAAUUUGGUGCAACUCAUCGGUUGGUGCCACGAAAAGAAAGAACUACUCCUUGUUUACGAGUUCAUGGAAAAUGGCAGCUUAGAUUUCCAUCUCUUCGAAGGGAAAAGCUUGUUGACUUGGGCAACAAGGUAUAAAAUCGCUCAAGGUUUGGCCUCUGCAUUGCUCUAUCUACACGAAGAAUGGGAGCAAUGUGUAGUGCAUAGGGACGUAAAAUCAGGCAAUGUAAUGUUGGACUCCAAUUUCAAUGCCAAGUUGGGAGAUUUCGGUUUAGCUAGAUUUGUCGAUCAUGAGAAAGAGCCUCAAACAACUACUUUGGCGGGGACCAGGGGGUAUUUGGCACCGGAAUGUGUGGUAACAGGUAAAGCUAAUAAAGAAUCAGAUGUCUACAGCUUUGGAGUCGUGGCAUUGGAGAUAGCUUGCGGGAGAAAACCCAUUGUUACGAAGGUGCCAGAAUGUCAAAUGGUAAUGGUGGAAUGGGUUUGGGACCUCUAUGGAAUGGGAAGGUUGCUUGAAGCAGUAGACCCCAAACUUGGACCGGAUUUUGGUGAGCGAGAAAUGGAACGAUUGAUGAUUGUUGGUCUUUGGUGUGCUCAUCCGGAUCACAAUUUUCGGCCUAAAAUUAGACAGGCGAUUCAUGUGCUUAAUUUUGAAGCUCCUCCGCCCAUCCUCCCGCAAAAACAGCCCACGCUAUCGUUUUUUCCUCCGCCAUUGAACACUACCACCACCAGUUCGGACACCAGCAAAAACCAAUAUUCUUGCAAUGCUUACAACACAGAUUCUUCCAAGUUCACCUCAUCUUCUACUGCUCCAUCUCCAUCAAUGUCACUUUUACAUACAAUGUAA